AAGUCUGGAGGAGGAGAUCCGCGUGAGCGUGAAAGCCCGGCUGCCGGCGUGCGUCAAGGGCGCCUUUGCUCGGCUUGUGCGCGCUUGGAGAGGGGCGAGGGGGCACCGGCUUGGGCGGGGGGCUGCGCGCCGUGUGGGGCGAGCACAACCCGGGGCACCCUCUGGAAGACUCCUUGAAAGCUUCUCCUUCCACGCUGCGUUUUCCGUGGGGCGCCAUCUCUCUCUCGCUUUGACCCAGAGCUCUCCAAAAACCUCUCCCAAAAGGGACCUCUCUCUCCAAAAAGGGACCGCUUUUUGCGCCAUGCCGAGUGGCGGUGGGGACGGGGUGAAGAAGCGCUCCUCGGCGGGCUCCUCGGGGCCGGAGGAGGAAGAGAAGAAGGGCAUGCUGGACUCGGGGGGCUUGGGCGACCGAGGGGAGGACUGCUGCCCGCCGGAGAACGGGUGCGCCCCCGCCACGGCGCCCUCCAAAGCGGCCUCCCCUUCGUCUUCCCUCCCGUGCGCCUCGGGAGAAGACGGCGUGGCGCUCAAGCGCAACAUCACGCUGCUCAACGGCGUGGCCAUCAUCGUGGGCACCAUCAUCGGGUCGGGCAUCUUCGUCACUCCGACGGGGGUGCUGAAGGAGGCGGGCUCGCCGGGCUUGUCGCUGGUGGUGUGGGCGGCCUGCGGGGUCUUCUCCAUCGUGGGCGCGCUCUGCUACGCCGAGCUGGGCACCACCAUCUCCAAGUCCGGCGGGGACUACGCCUACAUGCUGGAGGUCUACGGCUCGCUCCCGGCCUUCCUCAAGCUCUGGAUCGAGCUGCUCAUCAUCCGGCCCUCCUCGCAGUACAUCGUGGCCUUCGUCUUCGCCACCUACCUGCUCAAGCCCCUCUUCCCCGCCUGCCCCGUCCCCCUCCCCGCCGCCAAGCUCGUCGCCUGCCUCUGCGUGCUCUUGCUGACGGCCGUCAAUUGCUACAGCGUCAAAGCAGCAACCCGGGUCCAAGAUGCUUUUGCAGCCGCCAAACUCCUGGCCUUGACCUUGAUCAUCAUCCUGGGCUUCGUGCAGCUGGGAACGCACGAUGUCUCCAACUUGAACCCCGAGCACUCCUUCGAAGGCACAAACAUCGAAGUCGGGAACAUUGUCCUGGCCUUGUAUAGUGGCCUCUUUGCCUACGGAGGCUGGAAUUACUUGAAUUUUGUCACGGAAGAGAUGAUUAAUCCUUACAGAAACCUGCCUUUGGCAAUCAUCAUCUCCCUCCCCAUCGUCACCUUGGUUUAUGUGCUGACCAACCUGGCUUACUUCACCACACUGUCAGUGGAUGAGAUGCUGUCGUCUGAAGCCGUUGCCGUGGACUUCGGGAAUUAUCACUUGGGCGUCAUGUCUUGGAUCAUCCCCGUCUUUGUCGGCUUGUCGUGUUUCGGCUCCGUCAAUGGGUCACUCUUCACUUCAUCUAGGCUCUUCUUUGUCGGCUCUCGUGAGGGACACCUGCCCUCCGUUCUCUCCAUGAUCCACCCCAAGCUCCUCACGCCAGUGCCAUCCCUCAUCUUCACAUGUGUCAUGACUCUCCUCUACGCCUUCUCCAACGACAUCUUCUCCGUUAUCAACUUCUUCAGCUUCUUCAACUGGCUCUGCGUGGCUUUGGCCAUCAUCGGGAUGCUGUGGCUGCGCUACAAGAAGCCGGAGCUGGAGAGGCCCAUCAAGGUGAACCUGAUCCUUCCCAUCUUCUUCAUCCUCGCCUGCAUCUUCCUCAUCGUCGUCUCCUUCUGGAUGACGCCCAAGGAGUGCGGCAUCGGCUUUGCCAUCAUCCUCAGCGGGAUCCCCGUCUAUCUGAUCGGCGUCUGGUGGCAGAACAAACCCAAGUGGCUCCUGCAGAGUAUAUACUCUACGACCGUCUUUUGCCAGAAGAUGAUGGAGGUCGUUCCGCAAGAGUCUUAAAAAGAAGCAAAACAAAGGAGAAUGUUUCCGGUUUCAAGCCAACGCACAACGUCCUGAUUGUCCAGAAAUGACACAAAACGCAUGUCCGAUUCCAACGUUUUGAUUUGUAAAUCAAAGCCGGAGAGGAAAAAAAAGCCCUCUUCAAACCGAAUUGAUGGAGGAAGAUCCCAAGAAAAAUCCGAGAAAAGUUAGCUUCCGAUGGGAGACGUUUGUGUUUCCAUUCUCCGCUGUGAGCAAUUUAGACUCCUCGCUCUGGUUUUGGACCCUCAUUUUAGUUUUAUUUAGUUCAUCGCUUUGUUCCUUCCUCCUUUUCCAAAAAGUUCAUCAAAAAAACCUGUCUGAAACAGGUUUUUGCAGGACAACAAGAAAUUCAUCCAGCAAAACAACAAUAAAUUCAUCCGGCAAAGCAGGGUUUUUUAUAGGAAGGAUAUUAUUUAGCUUUACACUCCUUUGGGAAACCAAUUUGCCACGAAUCUCCUCCUCGACUCCAGAUAAACUGAGUGAACUUUUGACACAUCAUCUUAGUUGUGAAUGAUUAUUAUUUUUAUUGUUAUUAUUUUUUAGAGAUCUUUUUAUUUUUCUGACGUUUUCCCCCUUAAAAAACAAAACAAAACAAAAACCUCCUGCCUAGUUCUGUCGAGCUAAGAAAUAAACGUUUUGUAUUUUG